CGCGAGGAGGUGCCCUCGUACGAGAUGACCUUCACUUGCAAGGCAUGCUCUACCCGCUCGUCGCACCGCAUGUCCAAGCAGGGCUACCACCACGGCACCAUCUUGAUCACCUGUCCUGGCUGUAAGAACAGACAUCUGAUUGCCGACCACUUGAAGAUCUUUUCCGACAAGCGCAUCACUCUGGAAGACAUCCUCGCACAGAAGGGCCAGUUGCUCAAGAAGGGUGCUCUCGACUCCGAGAGCGAUAUGGAGUUCUGGGAAGACGGCACUCAGACUGAGCGUACC